AAAAAAAAAAAAAAACUUUAAAAUUUUGUUGAUGAAAAAAAAAAAAAAAAAAAGCUGUGACUUGAUUAAUUCGAGCCGGAAAGAUAUGCAUAUGGCCGAUUGACGAGCUGGGCGAGUUUAGGGAAGAAAACGAUGAGAAACCAAGAGUAAAUGCGGGAGAUGUUUGCUCGAACAACAGCGCGUGUGUUUGUGAGCUGGAUAAAAUGGAUUACAAGUACCUAUUGAUGAACUGCCUUUCCCCCCAUUUGACGAGUCAUGAAGUUGAACAUCGCCAAUCCAGCCACUGGCUGCCAAAAGUUGAUUGAAAUCGAAGACGAGCGUCGUCUUGCAUUGAAUAAUUCAUCAACAUGUGAUCAAAUCAACCUUUUAAAUUUAUGGAUCUGUAUAUACCAGCAAAGUCUUUAUUGUACGAUCUAAAAACAAGUUUUUUUUUCUUUUAUAAACAACAAACAAAUCUUUAAUGUAUCAUCCACUAAAGAUGUUUAACUUUGACAUGAAUAUAAUUUUAUGUUUUGGAAUUUGAAUCUUUUGACGAAAGAAAACAAAGAAAUUGCACUUAUCAUACACACUCAUAAUCACAUUGCAUACUACACAUAUGACCUCUCUCUCUCUUUUUUUUUUUAAUUACUUUGCUAAUAAUUUUUUUUUCAUUCACAAAUAUUAGCCGUGGUUUCUAUGACAAGCGUAUGGCUCAAGAAGUUUCC